AGAGAGAGAGAGAGAGAGAUAGGGAGAGGGAGGGAUGGAGAGAGAAUGAUGACAGCCUGCAGCCCCAGCUUCCCCUCUGCUGUUGCGACACUUAGGUGCGAGGCAGCCCGGGCAGAGCUUCUCCCCGUCUCCGAGACUGGAAGGAGGGAGAGAGAGCUGUGAGCUGUGCGUGCGUUGCGGUGAAAAGCCAGUCUGUCCAUGGGUAUGAGUCCAGUGUGAGCAACUCGCUCCGACCCACUGCGCCUCUCAGUCGCUGGGAGCUGCCAUACAAGCAGGUGUCUGAGCAACGUGUGCAACAGAGCAUGUUGUGACAGCCAUGUCUCUGGAGAUGGAGAAGACCAUCACCAAGCUGAUGUACGACUUCCAGAGGAACUCGACCUCUGAUGAUGAUUCCGGUUGCGCUCUGGAGGAAUACGCCUGGGUUCCCCCGGGCCUCAGUCCAGAGCAGGUGCAUCAAUAUUACAACUCUUUUCCUGAAGAGAAGGUUCCAUACAUUAACAGCCCAGGGGAGAAAUAUCGCAUCAAACAACUGCUUCAUCAGCUGCCCCCACAUGACAAUGAGGUUCGUUAUUGUAACUCUUUGGAUGAGGAAGAGAAAAGAGAGUUGAAGCUGUUCAGCAACCAGCGCAAGAAGGACAACCUGGGCAGAGGCAACGUGCGUCCUUUCCCCUUAACCAUUAAUGGGGCCAUCUGUGAUAAGUGCGGUGGUCCGAUAAAGGGAGGCGACAUUGUGCUGUUUGCCGCCAGGGCAGUUCAUGGAAAAUGGUGGCACCCAAAUUGCUUUGUCUGCUGCAUGUGUGAGGAAAUGUUGGUGGAUCUCAUCUACUUCCACCAGGAUGGCAAGCUCUACUGUGGCCGGCAUCAUGCCGAGAGGCUGAAGCCCCGCUGCUGUGCCUGUGAUGAGAUCAUCUUUGCUGAUGAGUGCACUGAGGCGGAGGGCAGACACUGGCACAUGAAGCACUUCUGCUGCUACGAGUGCGAGACCACCCUCGGGGGCCAGCGUUACAUCAUGAAGGAUGGACAGCCGCACUGCUGCAACUGCUUCGAGUCUCUUUAUGCAGAGUACUGUGAUGCAUGUGGAGAACAUAUAGGCAUUGACCAAGGCCAGAUGACAUAUGAUGGACAGCACUGGCACGCGACUGAAGAAUGUUUUUGUUGCGCUCAUUGCAAACGUUCUCUACUCGGCCGUCCCUUCCUUCCAAAGCAGGGACAGAUCUUCUGCUCACGCUCCUGUAGUGCUGGACAGGAUCCAGAUGAGUCCGAUUCGUCAGACUCUGCAUUCCAGAGCGCCCGAUCCCGUGAGUCUCGCCACAGCACCAAGAUUGGUAAAAAGGAGCGCAGGAAUGCUGAGCAGGAGCGAAGGAGUGUUGAGGCCCGCCAAUCAGCUCCUCACCCCAUGUCUGACCGUCUGUCAGCUGAAAUUGAUCCACUGACUGUUCAGAUGGACCGUUUAAGUGUAUCAGCCAGCCAGACCCCGAGCAGAACACCUAACCGCACUCCCAGCCGCACUCCAAGCCGCACUCCAAGUCGCGCUCCGAGCCUUAACCAGGUGUGGAUGAGCCGAGAUGACCCUUACGUCCCUGCUGCCUUUGAGGGUCCCCAGCGAGAAUCUUCUCCCACGCCCCCAUCUAUUCAUCUUUUGGGUCAGUGUAAUGCUAGGCAGGGCUACAAUCCCAACUCAAAUGUGCAUCCUCCAGCCCAGAGUCCCGUCAACCCAGGAAAGCGGCCUGAUUCCUGGGGAAAAGAACAAGGCAAAGCAAACAGGACACCAAUGGCUGCCCUGAGGGGUCACUCCUUUAAUGAUAACUGGAUGCACCAUAGCCAGGAUGAGUUCCGGCCCAACAAGUUACGCACCCAAAUGAGUUUCAACGAAAUGUCAAGCCAGAACCAAGGAUUUUCUGACAAAAGGAGCGUUAGCCUGCAUGGAUUCCAGAGAGACGGGAGGCCCCCACUAACCAGAAGAAACCCCAUCAAUGCCAUGAGCUUCAAUGAGCCUCUGACUCCAGUGGAACAGACACCUCGUGGCUCCGUGGACUCCCUCACUGUGUCGAAUGCUACAGGCAAAUCUCUGGAUGGGGUCAGCAAGCGUCAGGAGAAUUUGUCCAGGUUCUCCAUGCCUGACCUGAGCAAGGAUUCAGGUGUAAACGUGUCAGAAAAGAGCAACAUGGGAACGCUUAGCUCUUCAGUCCAGUUCCAUAGUACAGAGUCUCUGUCCUCUUCUCGUCCCUUUAACAACAACAUGUACACCCCACACAGCGUGGGCUACCCACUGCAGUACUGGGAUGGCCCACGGCCACUGGGUUUCGAGAGCAAAGGUCAUGUUGGGGUUAUGGGAAGCAGUGGCAACUUGCGGAUGGCUCCCAUGAGUGACAGAAUACCCCGCCGACUCAUAAACGGGCAGGAACUCUCAUCCCAGAAUCAACAGCCUCAACCGAGACAUCGCAAACACCAUCGGGGAAGCGGGCAACACCGCAGCGCGCGCCACCACAAACGCUCCCGUCGUUCUCGCUCUGACAACGCGCUGCACCUGGUAACUGACCGACCUACUCAAAUGGUGGAGCUGCCCUACCAUCGUGUCCAGGAGGAUUACGAUCGCCUCCCUUCUGGUCACGCUGCUAGGGAGUUGUUUGGGCCGGAGCCAGGCGGAUGCCGACAGCAACCCCAUCGGCCGUGUCCCCGCACCACUUCUGAUCUCACCCUGCAAAAUGCUGGCUGGCAGCCUGUUGGGUUGGGUGGGCCACGCUGGCACGAUGGGCACAUGCAAGCCGCCGACCCAUGGUGCUCCAGCUGCUCCUCUUCCUCUGAAUCGGAGGAAAACGAGGGCUACUUCAUGGGGGAACCCAUCCCUCGGCCCGUGCAGCUGUGCUACAUCAACAACGAGGAGCUACGCCAUCGCUACAGCCCCUCUGCAAUGGGCGGCCACCACGGACCUCUGCACGGACCCAUUCAUGGCCAGCUCCAUGCCCGCCAGAGGAGGAAGAGCAAAAACUGCAUCAUUUCAUAAAUUUAGAAAUAAAUGAUGAUGCGGGCACAAGUAGGGAUGUGAAGGAGAUAAAAGACACAGGGGAGGAGACAAUAAAAGCAACAGAGAGUGGGUAGCUGAGUGUGAGAUAGUGACAGAUAACAGUGUGUGCGUGUGUGUGUGUGUGUGUGUGUGUAGGGGUGGACGGAAAGAGACCUAUUUUUCAUGCUGUGAGGUUACACAACUCGGUAGUGUUUGUGUACACCUACACAGAAUGAUUUAACAACAAGAGGAAGCUCAGUUGUCUUACACAACACAAAACAAAAAGAAUGUUUACAAUGUUUGAUGCCAAACCUCUGAUGGUACCAAGAAGCACUGCUUAAUUAGACUACUAAAUAUGAAUGUGGUCAAGGUAAAUAAGACGUCUGUGUGUGUCUGUGCUUGUGUCCAUGUUCUAGGGAGAUUGAACAAUGAAUUCCUUAACAGGUCAAAAGGGAACUGCAGUGGUGUCACAGCUCACAGGUCUCACAAAGCCUUUGGCAUUAAAUGUAUCAAUGUGGACAAUGCAGAAGUUGUGUCGGGCAGGCGAAAGCUCCAUGCUAGAUUCCAAGCUGUCAUUGUUUUACCUCACUGGAAUCUAAAUGCGGCUGGAAUAUAGUUUUAGCUUGCUAGCCCAGUUAGCACCAUGUACAAAUAGUCUGUUGAACUUUGUGCUCUGCAUAGCCAACUCUCCAUGCUUUACCGAGGACAGAGCGCCAGGUGGCCUCUACAAACAGCAGCCCAUACUAUGGGGUGUCGUUUGUAAAGCUGCUCACGCCAAAAAUAACAGCAACAUUUUAGCUUCAAAACGUGUUUAAAAAAACUGGUGUGAAUUUUCGAGAGUUACUUUCUGCAUAUUUCUGCAUAUGUUCUGCAAUAUUUGUCAAUUUAAUAGUUAAAUCCAAAUAUUAAAUGUGACACCUAAAUCUGAAAUCUAAAUGUUAAAUAUAUAUUUAAAUGUUAUAUAUAUAUAUAUAUAUAUAUAUAUAUAUAUAUAUAUAUAUAUAUAUAUAAAUAUUAAAUCUAAAUGGUAAAUAUAUGUAUAAAUGUUAAAUCUAUUAAUACUGUAUAAAUCUUACAUAUCGUACAAUAUAAAUAUUCAAACUAAAUGUUAAAUAUAAAUCCACCCAUCCAUUUUCCGUACCACUUAUCCUCACUAGGGUCAAAUAACAACAUAAACACAUUUUUCUUUUUAAAGAAAAAAACAUCUUAUACAGGGAAAUUAUACAGGGAAAUUGAGCCUUGGAAAUAUAUUAUAUAUAUAAAUAGCACACCCUGAAAAAGUAACACUAAACACGCAAAGUACUCGUCAAAUAAAGUUUCCCUAACUGGUUUGUUAUUUCAGGUAGUGAUCAUCUAUGUUCAAGGGUCCAUUUCCCUGUAUAAGAUGUUUUUUUUUAUGUUAUUUGACACGACAAACACACAGCUUUUAUUUUGGUACUUCCGUUUCUUGGCUGCGUGGAAUUGCAUAUUAGCUAAAUAUUUAGUUUGACCUCAAACGUUUAUAUUUAAUAAUUCUAAUUAAAUAUAUAUUUAACAUUUACUUUUAAUAUUUACGUUUAAAUGUAAGAUUUAUAUUUAGAUAUAGAUUUAACAUUUCAAUAUAGAUUUAACAUUUAUAUAUUGAUUUAAUGUUUAUUUUUCAGAUUUAUAUUCAAAUUUACAUUUAAGAUAUGUAUAUAUAUAAAACAUUGCUAUUUAAGAUUCAUAUUUAGAUAUAUGUUUAAAUAUAUAUUUAAUAUGUAAAUAUAUAUUUAGAUUUGAGAUUUAGAUGUAACAUUUAAUGUUUGGAUUUAACCAUAAAGUUGACAAAUAUUGUUCUAAAUGUGCAAAAAAGUAACUCUAGAAAAUUUGCACCAUUUUUUAAAACACUGUGAAGCUAAAUGUAACAAAAUGUUGCUGUUAUUUUCAGUGUGAGCCGCUUUACAAACGGCACCCCAUCGGCCUCUGCUCCUUGACCAUUCAGGCACAGUGGCGUCAGGUAUGGUCCCGUUUUCUCUUCUGCAACAUGCUUUGUUUUUUUGGGAGUAACUUAUAGACAUGUACAAAUAAAGAUAAUAAUCCUAACAAUAAUGAAAUAAUAACAAAUAAUGCAAAUAAUAAUCUUAUGGACAUUAAAAAGAAUACCUAUUAAAUGUUUAUAUAGUAAUACACAUAAUUAACGCAAUGGAUACAGUAAUGUAAAUGUCAUGUAUAUAUGGUCUUAAAUAUCUCUAUAUUUUGUAACUACAGAACCAUUAUUUGUAUAAUAUCAUUUAGAGAUAGGGAUACUUGCAUGUCAUUUUGUUGUUGUCGCAUACUUAAAAUAAAGUGUACUUCUAUGAACACCCAA